CGCGACUUCCACUCCCAACCCUCUGCAUCACAACCACCCGCCACGAAAUCGACCCUCGCGCGCGAACAAAACCUCGAGGAAACUCAGCUCGUCUCCGCUAUCUUCAUUGCUUGGUUUGCGUGAUCUUCGGUUACCGUCCGACGCGUCGAGGCCAGCAGGCUGCGCAGGCUGCGGGUCACUGCAGCACCUAACGCUUCCUCGCAAUCCCAAUCAAAAGACAAACGCAGCACCUUCUAUACAAUCACCCAGGAUGGCGCGCUCUACGAAGGCCGAAUCGCCCGCGUCUUUCCGGGACGACUUAUACGAAGCAUCUCCUCCUCCGAGUCGUCAGCGACGCAGUAACGCGACUCAACCCUCAAUGUCACCUUCACCUGCAGUUUCUGUGUCCUCUGAUAAGGAGAACCGAUCGUCUAGGGCUUCUGUUGACAAAGGAAAGGGCCGCACACCAAUGGGCCCUCCAAGCAUGCCUACGUUGAGUGAGCAGGGACGAAGAAAGCGCCCAGCGGAGUCGGACCAUCCCAAUGAGCGCACACGAAGAAGACGCACAGUUGAAGUCAACGAAGACGAUUCCGAGGCUGAUUACGACCCAGAUCAAGAUAUUGAAGUGCGAAGAAGACUUCGAAAGGGCUUAAGAGACUUGUCUAAGAACUUACUGGAGAACCGCGCCGAGUUCUUGAACCCAAGUUCGACUGGCCUCAAAGACACAAUUCUAAAAGCGAAUGAGCUAUCUGGAAAAGUGAAACAGACAACCGAUGCUACAAUCGAUUCUCGUCUCCUUACGACAGUCGCUGAGUAUUCAUACAAGAAGACGGUGGCCCUGAUAUCUGGGGACACUGCACAAGGGGUGGAUGUGGACGAAUUCAUAUCAAGAUGUUUAUCAUUCAUGAGACAGGGUGCAGGGGAAGAUGGGGAAGCUCCAAGCAAUACCCAACGGCGCAGAAGGCGGGAUGACGAUGAGGACGAUGACGAUGACAACGACGGAGAGGUUGUUGAUUGGGCAUAUCUUGGAAGGCAUGCAUCCGUUAGAAACAAUUCUCGGCCUUCGGUCUCUGGUUUCUUGCUCGGUCCGCUGUCACUACAGAAGCGUGUACGAGCGCAAGUCGUUCGCAAAGCGGCUUUUCGACCUAACAACCUGCAAGAGACGCGCCCUGAAGUUCUUCAAGCAGACGAUAUCACCAAGUCAGAGGCGGGUCUGACCACCCUGUGUACCCAAAUUCUCACGCGACUGAAGAAGGUCCAGGCUAGUGCGAUCAACGCGGUGGAAGCACAAACUCGUGAUGAUAUGGCAGAUAAGGAGGUUGACGAGCUACUAGACAGAUACGGUGUAUCGAAAGGAGACGGAGGCCUUGCAUUUUUCAAGUUUGUCAUUAACCCUCAUUCGUUCGGCCAAACGAUCGAGAAUAUGUUCUACGUGAGCUUCUUGAUCAGGGACGGCAAGGUAGGAAUCUCGAUGGAUGAUCGUGGCCUUCCCUAUCUCAAUUUCCCAGAAGUCAGUGGUAGCAAGGUCAAUGGCCACGAAAAGGCAAAGCACCAAGCUGUCCUAGCAAUCGACAUGGACUAUUGGGAGCAGCUCAUAGACGUCUUCGACAUCAAAGAACCCAUGAUACGACAUCGAGAGGAGGAAGAGCACUCCAACGUAAGCAAAAAGGGGUGGUAUGUUUAGAUUUUCGCAAUCACUUGCAUCGGCGUUUGGGAGAAUUAGCCACUUUCGAUUUUGUACUUAAUACCUCGGGGACAUUUGCACUUUUCUUGAAGCUGGGAAACAUCUACUUCGGUGGACCAGGUAGGGCGGUUAUUGCUUGGCACAUUGGUCCGGAGAACAAAGAAAGGGGACGGCUAUUUGCGAUUUAGCGGUCAUUGCUUAUCAAUAGAAGUGCCUGGUUGGUCAAUUAAUCGAUAUCUGAUGUGGAAGUCAAAUUGCAUUUCCGACGCUUUUGACAAG